CAAACAGAUCUAUAAUGUACUUGAAACUAUAGUGUCGAACUGGGAUUCCAGCAAGAUGAUCCUAUUGGUCAUUCUUGUGACGCUCCUGGAGUAUGUAACCAGCGAGCCGGCUAAUUUGGACUGUCUGAAGGUGCAGCCUCCUCAGCCGUGUAACCUACAGGUCAUUUACCCCGAGCCGAUUGGCAUCACAACAUGCGACGGUGACUACACACGAGGAUUGCAAGGUGCCUUUGACACACGGCCCCGGAUAAAAGCUGCUAUUACCAAAACACCACAGAAAGCUUUUAUUGUCAUGUUAGAUCGAGACGCAGGAAGUAGGAUUCACCUGCUUGAUCAUCCCACGGUGAAUAGAUCAUGCGAACUAGUGUACAGUGGACAAGAUUCUGGUUUUUACUCACCCCCGCUGCCACUCAUGGAACCGCACCACUACGUGUUUCUUCUGUUCGACUCUGGAAGCCUGGACAUUAAGCUUGAAGACAUAGUGUCUGAGGGUCUCUGUGCGCUGAUAGACAAAGUUGGAUUGGGCGACCCCCUCGCCGCCACCCAGAUCCGUAUCAAACAGAACUUGAUCUCAAGGGACGACACGGCGCCGGCGACAAAAGGCGAACCGUUGGUAUGCCCGCUCCCCGCGGGGGAAUCAUCGGGGGGUUCAAACCCAGGACCGACACCCGGAUCUGUUGGGAUCUACGUGAUCGCUUUACUUCUGUAUCUGCUGUAGAGACACACAAA